GCCACUCCUUCAAUUCCUGUUUUUCAGCUGCAGAGUGCAUCAUGACCUCACACAGAAAGUUCUCCUUAGUUCUUCGUGGCCGCUUUCUAAUUCUGUGCAGUCAUUCAGCUGUCGAUAACAAAGAUGGAGACUGGAUUCCCAAGGUCAUAUCUGUGAAGCCAAACGCAACAUUUUACAGCAGCAGUAUUGUUUGCAACACACAGACCACUGAUUUAGUGAUUUAAAACUCAGCCACUAUUCACAUACCUGUCCCUAACUGGCUGACCACAGGCAAGCACAGAUGAGCCACAAGACCCCCAAAAUGGGUUUCUCUUCAGAUGCUAUUGAAAAUGACUUUAAACCAAAUGAAGAACCUCUUCUCAGAAAAAAUCCUCGUAGAUUUGUCAUCUUCCCACUCCAAUACCCGGAUAUAUGGAACAUGUAUAAAAAGGCACAAGCUUCCUUCUGGACAGCAGAAGAGGUUGAUUUAUCAAAGGACUUUCCUCACUGGAACAAGCUGAAAUCAGAAGAAAAAUACUUCAUCUCUCAUGUCCUGGCUUUUUUUGCAGCCAGCGAUGGAAUUGUAAAUGAAAAUUUGGUGGAGCGAUUCAGCCAGGAAGUGCAAAUCCCAGAGGCUCGUUGUUUCUAUGGAUUUCAGAUUCUAAUUGAGAAUGUUCACUCGGAGAUGUACAGUUUGCUAAUAGACACUUACAUCAAAAAUCCCAAGAAACGAGAAUUUUUAUUUAAUGCAAUUGAAACAAUGCCUUGUGUCAAGAAGAAAGCAGAUUGGGCCCUGAGGUGGAUAGCAGACAGAGACUCAACUUUUGGGGAGAGAGUGGUUGCCUUUGCCGCAGUGGAAGGGAUCUUCUUCUCAGGUUCUUUUGCUGCUAUAUUUUGGCUGAAGAAGAGGGGUCUGAUGCCUGGACUGACAUUCUCCAAUGAGCUCAUUAGCCGAGAUGAGGGUCUGCACUGUGACUUUGCUUGCCUAAUAUUUCAUUAUUUAGUGAACAAGCCUUCAGAAGAGAGGGUCAAGGAGAUCAUUGUUAAUGCAGUUGAAAUUGAGCAGGAGUUUUUAACAGAGGCUUUACCAGUAGGGCUGAUUGGAAUGAAUUGCACUUUGAUGAAACGAUAUAUUGAAUUUGUGGCAGACCGUUUACUGACAGAACUUGGGUUCUCUAAGGUCUUUCAAGCAGAAAAUCCUUUUGAUUUCAUGGAGAAUAUUUCACUGGAAGGAAAAACAAAUUUCUUUGAGAAGCGGGUUUCAGAGUAUCAGCGCUUUGCAGUUAUGGCAGAAACAACAGACAAUGUUUUCACGCUGGAUGCAGAUUUCUAAUCUCUCUUCAGAGAGCAUCUUGACUUUUUCCCACUCCCCCAUCUCACUUCGUGUUGGGAAGUUUUAUGUAUUUCUUCUGAAGUCUACUAGGAUUUUUUUUUUCUGGCUUCCUACUUUGUGUGAAGUUAUAAAUUUACACUUGAAUAAACUGUAAUUUAGCAAUACAAUAUGUAGGUUAUAACCUAUGAUGUAAAUAUCUUUUUGCAUUGCACCCUGUAAAAAGGUCCUCUUAGAAAUUCAUGCAGCUUCUUAAAGGGAUAUACAGUAACUCCUCACUUAACGUUGUAGUUAUUUUCCUGAAAAAUGCAACUUUAAGUGAAACAAUGUUAAACGAAUCCAAUUGUUCCAUAAGAUUUAAUGUAAAUGCGGGGGUUAGGUGCCAAGGAAUUUUUUUGGGGUCAGACAAAAGGUAUUAUACUGUAUACUAUACAGUACUGUACUGUGGUUGGGAAGUACCCUGGCUGGGAAGCACCUUUGCAGCAGCAGUGGCAACUUCCCUGGAGAACAGUCUCGGAUUUUGCCGGGAAUGCUCCAGGCCCGCCUCUUCCUGUCCCCGCUCCACUCCAAGCCCACCUUUUUCCCCCUCCUCCCCCCACUCCACCCUCUCUCCGGAGCACGCCACAUCCCUUCCCCCCCGCA